UGUUCGCGAGUGCAGUAAAUUUUGAACCAGAACGAAAUUGACAAAUAACUUUUCAGAAUAUUUAGUACACGUGUAUACGUUUUAGAGGUCAAAGAACUGGUACAGCUAAUAUAUUCCCUCAUGUUUAAUAUAAUUUAAAGACUAUUAUUUUAGUGUGUACUAAAUAAUACCACUUCAAGGUAUCUUCAACUAAUGUAUUUACCCCGCUUUCUAAAUUCAGUCAUUAAAAUAAGUACGGGAAGAAGAAUGACGUCACAAUUGCCACUGUUCAUUGAAGGCGAAGUUAUCAAAGGAUUUGGAAGAGGAUCUAAAGACUUGGGAUGCCCAACAGCAAACUUUUCCUUGGAAGUAGUAAAAUCUCUACCAGAAGGAACAGAGCCUGGUGUUUACUAUGGGUGGGCGCAGAUUGACUCUGGCCCUGUGCAUAAAAUGGUUGCCAAUAUUGGCUGGUGUCCCUUUUAUAACAACAAAGAGAUGUCAAUUGAAACGCAUGUAAUGCACAAAUUUGACACCGACUUUUAUGGUUCAAAUCUCAAAAUAUGUAUAGUUGAUUACUUGAGAGGCGAAAAGAACUUCAACUCUUUGGAAGACUUGAUAGAAGCUAUUCAACAAGAUAUAAAAAAUGCUGAGGAAAAGCUAGAGCAUGCAGAUGCAAGAAAUUUAAAAACAGGUACUUUUUGGAACAAAGUACAGUGAGAAAUCCGAAUUGAACACCUUUAAGUAAUAUAAUUAUUAAGUAUUUAAUU